CCACUUCUUUCUCUCUCUUUGAUUAUUGUUGUCGUUGUCUUUCUCUCACCGCUGAUUACUUUUUCUCCUUCCUUACUCCUCACACACACACACACACACACACAUCAGCCCCUACAAAAUAAUCACAGCUUUUUCAUAUUUUAGCUACAAAGUCCUCAGCUUCUCCUGCUUUUUCGAUGUAGGCUAAGCAAUAUCUCUGGAAUUGGUUAUGGUUCUUGGUGUUUUUCAUGGUUAUUUUACAGGCAUAUUAAGGUGAAUUCAAGUCUAAUUCUGAAGGUUUAAGGAUAAGAUGGCUUAUCAGAGAAGGGGGUCUGAUUUGCGGCCACAAAGGCCGCUUUUACGGACCCAAACUGCCGGUAAUUUAGGGGAGCCGAUGGACAGUGAGGUGGUGCCAUCAUCUCUGGUUGAGAUUGCGCCAAUUUUGCGGGUUGCCAAUGAGGUUGAGCCCAUCAAUCCUCGGGUCGCUUACCUUUGUCGGUUCUUUGCAUUUGAGAAGGCUCACCGAUUAGAUCCAACUUCUAGUGGACGAGGUGUUCGCCAGUUUAAAACUGCACUUCUUCAACGUCUCGAGCGGGAAAACGAUACUACAAUAUCGGCAAGAAAAGGGAGCGAUGCUCGUGAAAUGAAGAGUUUUUAUCAACUUUACUACAGAAAGUAUAUCGAAGCUCUUGAUAGGGCUGCUGAUAAAGCAGAUCGUGCUAGGCUGACAAAGGCAUACCAGACAGCUGCUGUUCUGUUUGAUGUCCUAAAGGCAGUUAAUCAGACGGAAGAGAUUGACUUGGGCGAUGAGAUUAUGAAGACACAGAAAAAAGUGGCAGAGAAGACUCAGAUUUAUGUGCCUUAUAACAUACUUCCACUUGACCGGGAAAGCAAAGAUCAAGCUAUAAGGAAAUACCCUGAGAUACAAGCUUCUAUAGUUGCACUUCGAAAUACAAGAGGUCUUCCAUGGCCAAAGGAGAAGAAGAAGAAAGAAGAUGAAGACAUUUUAGACUGGCUUAAGGAGAUGUUUGGCUUUCAGACGGAUAAUGUAGCGAAUCAGAGGGAACACUUAAUUUUAUUGCUGGCCAAUGUGCACAUUAGGCAGCCAAAGCAGGAUGAACAACCCAAGUUGGAUGAUCGGGCGCUGACUGAAGUUAUGAAGAAACUUUUCAAGAACUACAAGAAAUGGUGCAAGUACCUUGGUCGCAAGAGUAGCUUAUGGCUGCCUACUAUCCAACAGGAAGUUCAGCAACGGAAAUUGCUAUAUAUGGGUUUAUACCUUCUCAUUUGGGGAGAAGCUGCAAAUUUGAGAUUCAUGCCGGAAUGCCUGUGCUACAUUUAUCAUCAUAUGGCAUUUGAACUAUAUGGCAUGCUUGCUGGAAGUGUUAGUUCCUUGACAGGAGAGAAUAUCAAACCUGCAUAUGGCGGUGAUGAAGAGGCUUUCCUGAAAAAAGUUGUGACUCCAAUUUACAAAGUCAUAGCUACGGAAGCUGGACAAAGUAAAGGCGGGAUAUCUAAACAUUCGAAAUGGAGAAACUAUGAUGAUUUGAAUGAAUAUUUCUGGUCAGUGAACUGUUUUAGACUAGGUUGGCCGAUGCGUGCUGAAGCUGAUUUCUUCAGCCUUCCCAGAGAACAUAUCCGUGCAAACCGAAGGGAGGACAUUGAAUCUGCUAAUAAAGGGCCUAAAUGGAUCAGAAAAAUAAACUUUGUCGAGAUACGCUCAUUUUGGCAUAUAUUUCGGAGUUUCGACAGGAUGUGGAGUUUUUUUAUUUUGUGCCUGCAGGCGAUGAUCAUCAUCGCCUGGAAUGGUGGCAGUCUAGGUUCAGUAUUUGAUGAGGAUGUGUUCAAGAAAGUGCUUAGUAUUUUCAUUACGGCAGCAAUACUAAAGUUUGCACAAGCUUCUCUCGAUGUUGUUAUGAGCUGGAAAGCAAGGAUGAGUAUGUCCUUGCACGUGAAGCUGAGAUACAUACUGAAGGUUGUUUCUGCGGCAGCAUGGGUGAUUGUGUUGACAGUGACUUAUGCAUACAGUUGGAAAAAUCCUCCUGGAUUUGCACAGACUAUUAAAAACUGGUUCGGGAAUGGAUCGGGUUCUCCUCCUUUGUUCAUUGUCGCAGUCUUGAUUUACCUAUCUCCCAAUAUGCUAUCUGCUUUGUUGUUCUUGUUUCCAUUGAUCCGGAGGAACCUUGAAAGAUCAGACUACAAAGUCGUGCGGCUAAUGAUGUGGUGGUCACAGCCUCGGCUCUACGUCGGAAGGGGGAUGCAAGAAAAUGCAUUUUCUGUUUUCAAGUAUACAUUAUUCUGGGUUCUGCUCUUGCUAGCAAAGCUGGCGUUCAGCUUUUAUGUCGAGAUAAUGCCUCUUGUUGGCCCGACUAAAGAAAUCAUGCAGGUUCAUAUAACCAGAUAUCAAUGGCACGAGUUCUUCCCUCGAGCAAGAAACAACAUUGGAGUGGUGAUUGCACUUUGGGCUCCCAUUAUUAUCGUAUAUUUUAUGGACCCUCAGAUUUGGUACGCUAUAUGGUCCACAAUAUUUGGCGGUAUAUAUGGAGCAUUCCGCCGUUUGGGCGAGAUUCGGACAUUAGGAAUGCUUCGAUCUCGGUUCGAGUCAAUACCUGGAGCUCUCAAUGCCUGUUUGAUCCCAGCUGAAAAAGAUGAAAAGCCUAAGGGGCUGAAGGCCACAUUAUCCCGGAAAUAUCCUGUGAUUCAAUCUAAUAAAGAGAAAGGGGCACCUCGAUUUUCUCAAAUAUGGAACCAAAUAGUCGAAAGCUUCCGAGAGGAGGAUAUUAUAAAUGAUAGAGAAAUGAGCUUGUUGCUCGUGCCAUAUAGUGCCGACCAUGACUUGGACCUUAUCCAGUGGCCUCCUUUUCUACUAGCUAGUAAGCUUCCCAUAGCUCUUGACAUGGCUAAAGAUAGCACUGGGAGAGACAAAGAGCUUAAUAAACGACUGAACGCUGACAUGUACAUGGGGUGUGCCAUUCGUGAGUGCUACGCUUCGUGUAAGAAUAUUCUCAACCAUUUGGUUGUGGCCGAUCGUGACAGGCGUGUCAUAAAUGAGAUAUUCGACAAAGUUGAUGAGCACAUCGAAGAAGGCAGUCUUAUCAAUGAUCUAGAUAUGAGUGCUCUCCCUGCCCUCUACGACCAAUUUGUGCUGCUAAUAGACCUUCUGAGUCAAAACAACAAAGAGAAAGAAGAUGAAGUGGUCAUCGUCUUACUGAACAUGCUCGAGGUCGUGACUAGAGACAUAAUGCUAGACAUGGUUCCGAGUUUGCAAGAUUCGAGCCAUGGUGGCAACUACGGUAUGCAUCAGGGUGUGACUCCACUAAAACAGAAUCAGUACUUCGGAGAACUCAAUUUUCCUGUGAAGGAAGAAACCGAAGCCUGGAAAGAGAAGAUUAGGCGGCUUCAUCUGCUGCUGACCGUCAAGGAAUCAGCUAUGGAUGUGCCGUCCAAUUUAGAAGCAAGAAGACGCAUUUCAUUCUUCUCGAAUUCGUUGUUCAUGGACAUGCCUGCAGCUCCUAAAGUCCGCAACAUGCUCUCCUUUUCCAUCUUAACUCCUUAUUACGACGAAGAGGUUUUGUUCUCUAUGGAUUUGCUGGAAAAGCCGAAUGAAGAUGGUGUUUCGAUACUAUUUUACCUGCAAAAGAUUUUCCCUGAUGAAUGGGAAAAUUUUCUCCAGCGGCUUGGUUGCAGCGAGGACGAUAUAAAAGGGAAUGCGCAGCUGGAGGAAGAGCUACGUCUAUGGGCGUCGUAUCGAGGACAAACAUUGACAAAGACUGUCAGAGGAAUGAUGUAUUACCGGCAAGCUUUGGAACUUCAAGCUUUUCUUGAUAUGGCGGACGAAGAAGAAUUAAUGAAAGGCUACAAGGCUAUCGAACAUAGCUACAACGAACAAAUGAAAGAUCAAAGCUCCUUGCUGUCGCAAUGUCAGGCAGUGGCCGACAUGAAGUUCACGUAUGUGGUCUCCUGUCAAAGUUACGGGAUUCAGAAAAGAUCGGGCGAUCGCCGCGCCACGGACAUCUUAAGACUCAUGACAAAGUACCCGUCCAUUCGGGUAGCGUAUGUUGACGAAGUUGAAGAAACCGGCGGCGAUAAAUUGGGUAAAAUGGUUGAGAAAGUGUACUAUUCAGCUCUCGUCAAAGCUGCACCGAAAUCCGUCGAUUCAUCUGAGCCCGAUCAGUUAGAUCAGGUUAUUUAUCGGAUAAAGCUACCGGGACCCGCCAUACUCGGUGAAGGCAAACCGGAGAACCAAAACCAUGCCAUAAUCUUCACCCGCGGCGAAGGCUUGCAGACGAUUGAUAUGAAUCAGGACAAUUAUAUGGAGGAAGCCUUCAAAAUGAGAAACCUAUUGCAAGAGUUCCUUAAAACGCACGGUGUGAGGAAGCCGACGAUUCUUGGACUUAGAGAGCACAUAUUUACCGGCAGUGUUUCGUCACUUGCCUGGUUUAUGUCGAUGCAAGAAAAUAGUUUCGUGACAAUUGGCCAGCGGCUGCUUGCGAAUCCAUUGAAGGUUCGUUUUCACUAUGGCCAUCCAGAUGUAUUCGAUAGGUUGUUUCAUUUGACAAGAGGCGGCGUCAGCAAAGCGUCUAGAAUCAUCAACUUGAGCGAGGACAUUUUUGCAGGUUUCAAUUCCACUCUUCGCGGAGGCAACGUCACGCAUCAUGAAUACAUACAGGUUGGUAAAGGAAGGGAUGUGGGACUCAACCAAAUCUCACUUUUCGAAGCAAAGAUCGCCUGCGGCAACGGCGAGCAGACCGUGAGUCGAGAUAUCUAUCGACUGGGGCAUCGUUUUGACUUUUUCCGAAUGUUGUCCUGCUAUUUAACCACCGUUGGGUUCUACUUUAGUACUCUGCUUACGGUCCUCACCGUGUACGUAUUUUUAUACGGUCGUCUUUAUCUCGUGCUAAGUGGCCUUGAAGAAGGGUUGAGUAGCCAUCCCGCGAUUCGGGAUAAUAAGCCUCUUCAAGUGGCUCUUGCAUCUCAAUCUUUCGUCCAAAUCGGACUUCUAAUGGCUUUGCCGAUGAUUAUGGAGAUCGGGCUCGAAAAAGGUUUCCGUAAUGCGUUAACGGAUUUCGUCCUCAUGCAACUACAGCUCGCGCCCGUAUUUUUCACGUUUUCUCUCGGGACGAGGACCCAUUAUUACGGACGGACAUUGCUUCAUGGAGGCGCACGUUAUAGAGGUACGGGUCGAGGAUUUGUCGUGUUUCAUGAGAAGUUUGGGGACAACUAUCGAUUGUAUUCCCGGAGCCAUUUUGUGAAGGGGAUCGAGUUGAUGGUUUUACUUCUCGUCUAUCAUAUUUUCGGGAGGGCGUAUCGGGGGGUUGUGGCGUACGUUUUGAUCACCGUAUCGAUAUGGUUCUUGGUUGGAACGUGGCUGUUUGCGCCGUUCCUUUUCAAUCCGUCGGGGUUCGAGUGGCAAAAAAUUGUGGACGAUUGGACGGAUUGGAAUAAAUGGAUGAAUAAUCGAGGGGGGAUUGGCGUGCCCCCGAAGAAGAGUUGGGAGUCGUGGUGGGAGAAAGAGCAAGAGCAUCUCUUCCAUUCGGGAUUGCGCGGAAUCAUCUUCGAAAUUUUGUUGUCGCUUCGGUUUUUCAUUUAUCAGUAUGGAUUGAUCUAUCACUUGAGCUUCACCAAAGGGAAGAGCAACUUCUUGAUUUACGGCUUGUCGUGGUUGGUGAUUGCCGCCGUCUUUCUAAUUAUGAAGCUCGUCUCGGUCGGAAGGAGGCAAUUCAGCGCGGAUUUUCAACUCGCUUUUCGAAUUAUAAAGGGCCUUAUCUUUAUCGCAUUCGUUGGCAUUCUGAUCACCUUGAUCGCGGUUCUUCACAUAACAUUUGUCGAUUUUCUUGUCUGCAUUCUCGCCUUCAUGCCCACCGGCUGGGGAUUGCUCUUGAUCGCACAAGCUUUGAAGCCACUGGUGGUGAAACUCGGAAUCUGGAGAUCGGUGAUGACAUUGGCGCGAGGCUAUGAAAUCGUGAUCGGGCUGCUGCUGUUCACGCCGGUGGCGUUCCUGGCGUGGUUUCCUUUCGUAUCGGAGUUCCAGACGCGAAUGCUGUUCAACCAAGCGUUCAGUCGAGGGCUGCAGAUUUCGCGCAUUCUCGGCGGGCCCAAGAAGGAUAAAUCGUCUAGCAACAAAGAGUGAGUGAGUGAGUGAGCAAUGGAGUCUUUGUUUGUUUGUGUAUAUAUAUAUAUAUGUAUGUGUAUAUAUAUAGUGUGUUGUAUAAAUGUAAAGGAAGAAUGGCUCUUUGGAUCCUCUGCUUUGGGCUAAUCAUCAGCAAAUUUUAAUGC